AUGGGGGACGCAGAUAAAGGUCAGAAAAUAUUCAUUAAAGCCUGUUCCCAAUGCCACACUAUCGAAAAAGGUGGUAAGAACAAAGUAGGUCCGAAUUUAUUUGGAAUUUAUGGUAGGAAGAGUGGACAAGCGCCUAAUUUCAAUUACACAGAUGCGAAUAAAAACAAAGGUGUUACCUGGGAUGAUAGCAAUUUGGAUACUUAUUUGACGAACCCUAAGGCUUUUAUUCCCGGGACAAAAAUGGUUUUUCCAGGGUUGAAGAAAGCCGAAGACCGGAAGGAUUUGAUUGCCUAUCUCAAGAAGAAUGGAUAG